ACACCCCUCUCUCUCUCUCUCUCUCUUUUGUGAGAUGGCCGAAGUGCGAAGAGGCCAAGAUAAUCAAGGGAUUAAGCUCUUUGGCGCAACGAUUACGUUGCAUGAUGGGGAAGUAAACGAGGGAAAAAAGGGAAGCGAAGAUCAGACGGCUGAGAAGAGGCCAGAGAAGAUCAUACCUUGCCCGAGAUGCAAGAGCAUGGAAACCAAGUUCUGCUACUUCAAUAACUAUAACGUUAAUCAGCCAAGGCAUUUCUGCAAGGGCUGCCAGAGGUACUGGACGGCCGGUGGGGCCCUCCGCAACGUCCCAGUAGGGGCCGGCCGGCGGAAGGCCAAGCCACCGUGCCAUGGUGCCGAUGGAUUUCCGGACGGUUGCUUCUAUGAAACUUCCGAUGAUGUCCACAGUUUUGGGUUGGAGAAGGGGUUGGUUUUGGAUGAGUGGAACCUUCUCAUGCCUCAGAGUGGUUCCCGGCAGCUUUUUCCGGCAAAGCGGCGGAGGACAACCUCAGGUGCUCAGCAUCAAGGUCAGUAAACCCCUUUUUCCACGAAAGCACAUAAUUUGGAAUUAAACGUAUGAACAAGAGUAGACUUCAACAAACGAUGGACCAUAACAUAUCCGAUGUUAAGAUGUAACACCGAAAAAAAAAUGCCGCAGCAAAUCAGACAUGAUGUUCAACUAUAAGGAGACGUGACGGUUCAGAUUAACUAGUUCUUGUCUUGAUGGUCAAGUUCAUAUACAGCUUUUAAGGAAUGAAUGGAUUGCAGAUAAUUAAUUCAAAUUAAUGGAUUACAUAUUAGCUGUGAUAUGAUGGAGAUCUACGGAAGCUAUACCAAUCGAUGUAUGCAGAUAUAGAUGGAAUGGUCAAUGGACAAAGAGAGAUAAGAUUGAAAAUUUAAACACUAAAGCCGGAGGUUGAUUGAUCUUUUGUCUUUAUUUUUUUAAAAU